AUGGCAGAUAUUGAAAAGUUAAAAGUUAAAAGAGCAGCUAUUAGAAUGACGACAACUAAACUAAUUAAAAAAAUAGAUGACUUUUUGGUGAAGAUUGAAACUUGCAGCGAGGAUAAUGAUACUAAGUCGAGUAUUUUGAAAGAGUUUCAUGAGCAAUUACUUGAGAAAGAAAAAGGUCUGAAAAUUGUGAAUUUGGAUAUUGAAGCGUAUUUACCGCUAGAUGAAAUUGAAAAGGAUUGUACUAUUUCCGAAGAAUAUUCGGAAAAUAUAGUACUUUGGAAACAACGAAUAAAAAAUAAAAUAGAACUUUUAGAGGCUAAAACUAACAAUUCCAGUUCAGUUAAUUCCUCAGAAUUAAAUGUUCAGAAUGUUAGGACUGUAAAAUUGCCUCGAUUAAACAUUAAAACUUACUAUGGGGAUCCAACAUUUUUGGGAGGUGCUGCAGCAAAUUGCAUUAAAGGUUUUACUUUAUCAGAAGAAAAUUACGAUUCGGCUAUUGAAUUACUAAAAAAGCGUUUUGGUAAUACACAUACUUUGAUUCAGUUACACAUGAAUAAUUUAUUGAAAAUUCCUGCUGUGUAUAAUUCAAGGGAUUUAAAUAGGUUGCGAAUUUUUUUUGAUAAAGUGGAAGUUCAAAUUAGGAAUUUGAAAAGUUUAGGCAUUGAAAUAGAUUCAUACUGUAAUUUGUUAACACCAAUCAUACUUGAUCGUGUUCCUAGAGAUCUUGUUUUGGAAUUCAAUAGAAAAUAUUCGGAAGGGUAUAAAUUUCAGGACGUUCUUACUUUCUUAGAAAGUGAAAUUCAAUCGCGUGAACGUGCAUUACUUGUGCAAUUAAGGUCGGAAUCGUUUAAAUCUGGUUCAGAAAAUUCGGAUAAGAAUGAUUGUAAAAAUGGGUCAAGUAACAGUAAGAGUUAUAAAAACUAUGCUGCAACAGCAAACUAUGUGGCUAGUACAAAAAAGCAUUGUGUAUUUUGUAAUAGUCCAGAUCAUGAGUUUUGUGAGUAUAAAACUAUCGAAGAUCGUAGAAAUAAUUACGUUUUAUGUGAAAAUGCUAAGAAUAAACCUUUAAGUAAUGACAAAGUUAAUGAACAAAAUAACUCUGUUGUGACGCAAUGUAAUUCGUCGGCUUUAAAAUCAAAUAUUUUAUUGCUUACAUGUUCAGUGAUUGCAAGUGCAGGUAAAGAUUCAAAUUCUGUAGAAAUUGCUCGAGUACUUUUAGAUAACGGUUCUGAAAGAUCUUGGAUCACAAAAUCUUUAGCAAGUCGUUUAAAAUUAGAUAUAGUUAGAAGGGAAAGGCUUUCAGUUUAUUCUUUCGGUUCGGUAAAAACAUCGGAAAGAAUUUAUGAGGUUGCAAAACUUAAACCAUCAAAUAGAAAUAAUUCUGAAUCAUCAAUUGAAAUUGAAGUUUUAGUAACGCAAACAAUAACUUCAGCAUCCUUAGCGGUACCUAAUGUCAACGUUCAAAAUGCAUUGCAACAGAAAGGCUUGUUCCUUGCAGAUAUGUGUAAUAGUGACAAUGAAAUUGAAGUUUUAAUUGGAGGGGAUGUGUUUUGGGGUAUAAUUUGCGAUUCAAAAGUGUUCAAAAUAAAUGAAACAUUAAGUUGCGUACCAACGAUGUUUGGGUUAGCUAUUCAGGGGGUCCAACAAAAUUGCAAUUCAAGCUUCGUAGGAGUUUUGGCUACGGAUUGCGUAAUUGCAAAGGAUGUUCAGGUUCUUUGGGAUCUUGAUGUUUUAGGUAUCACAGAUAAGGAAGAAUUAACUUUAACAGAUAAGCGUAUAAUAGAUAGAUUUCAAUCAAAUUUAAAAUUCAUUCAGGGUAGAUAUGAAACACGAUUGCUAUGGAAAUUUUCCCCGAUUGAGUUAGGGAAUAACUUUUGUAAUGCAAAGAAAAGAUCUGAUGAAUUGCAAAUAAUUCUUCGGAAGGAUGAAUGGUUGGCUAAAGAAUAUAAUAAAAUUAUUGAGGAACAAGAACGGCUAGGUAUAGUUCAGGAAUGUAUUAGAACUGAAAACGAAUACUUUAUGCCACAUCGUAAUGUUGUUAGGAUUGAUAAGGAUACGACUAAAGUGAGACUCGUUUUUAAUUGUAGUUCAAAAUUAAAGCAAAAUAUUUCGUUAAAUGAUGCGUUAGAAUGUGGUCCAAAUUUAAACGCUAACAUUCUUGAUAUUAUGUUAAACUUUAGGAAGUUUAAAAUUGCAUUCAAUGCAGACAUUGAAAAGGCUUUCCUUAUGAUUAGUAUUGCAAAAAAUGAUCGUAACUAUUUGAAAUUUAUUUGGGCUUCAAAUAACUCUGAGGGAUAUAAAAUUAUGCAAAUGAAUCGAUUACCAUUCGGUUGUACAAUGUCAAAUUUUGUUCUCAGUGCUACAAUUAAAACUCGCAUAAAAAAAUAUGAAGAUAAUAGGCGUACAACUGUUGAAAUGUUGAAAAGUUCAUUGUACGUCGAUGAUUUGUAUUUUGGAGCUGAAAGCGUGGAAGAAGCAUUUCAGUUGUCGUCUGAUGCCGUAUCAGUUUUGAAAGAUGGGGGUUUCAACUUAAGAAAGCUCAGAUCUAAUUCAGUUGAAUUGGAAUCUUUAUGGGUUGACCAGGGUCUGAGUACUAGUGAGUGCUUGGAAAAUUGUCAGUUAAAAGUGUUGGGGUUGAAUUGGAAUACUAAGGAGGACAGUUUGUCAUUAGAUGUAAAAUCUUUGUUGAGUAAUUUAUCUUCGUUGAAAAAUACUAAGCGUUGUGUGCUGCAGACAGCCGCAAUGAUAUUUGAUCCAAUGGGUUUUUUGUCUCCUUUUGUUGUAAGAAUUAGAUGUUUAAUGCAAGAUAUUUGGAAAAUAGGUGCAGAUUGGGAUGAUGAAUUGCCAGAGAAUUUGACUUUGAAGUGGAGGAAGUGGUAUGGGGAGAUUAAAGGUUUAGAUUUCAUAACGGUAGAAAGAUAUUUCUUUUUAAAUGUGAGUGACCUUAGGGAUUCUGUUGAAAUACACAUAUUUUCGGACGCGUCAUUAGUGGCUUAUGGUGCGGUUGCAUACUUUAGGUAUAGCAAUAAGAAGGGUGAAGUUUCGACGUCCUUUAUAAUGUCAAAAGUCAGAGUGGCACCGUUGAAAAAAUUAACGCUUCCGAGACUGGAAUUGUUAGGAGUGUUAGUGGCUGCAAAAUUGUGUAAAUAUUUGUCUGGUUUAUUUAAUAAUUUGUCUGAUAGAGUAAUAUUAUGGACGGAUUCAGAAAUCUGUCUGUGUUGGAUUAGAGGUUCAUUUAGGGAGUGGAAACAAUUUGUUGCAAAUCGUAUUUGUCUUAUUCAAGAUUUGACUUCGCCUAGUAUGUGGAAAUUUUGUCCAGGUUUAAUGAAUCCAGCAGAUAAACUGACAAGAGGUGAAUCAUUGAGUUUGUUGAAAAAUGACAGCGUGUGGUGGCGCGGACCAAAGUGGUUGGCUAGUCCUAGUGAUGAGUGGCCGUUGCAGAAACAAUACUGUUCGAAUGACGCGGCGAAAGUUGAACUUUUGAAAGUUAGUGUUAACACGGUUGUUUCAUCGUACAGUCCUGUAUUAAAAGUUAACGACUUUAGUAAUUUCAAAAAAUUACUGAGAGUGACUGCAUGGGUGUUGAGAUUUAUUUCGAAGUCCAGAAAAUUAUCAAUUGAAAAGGGUCCACUGAGUGCUAUAGAAUUACAAGAAGCUGAAGAGAUGUGGAUAAAAACUGUGCAGUGGGAAGUGUUCCGCGAGGAAAUUCAAAGGCUUCAAAAGAAUCAGCAGAUUAGUAAAUCUUCUAAGAUUUAUUCCUUAUCUCCAUAUCUGGACGAGACUGGUGUUCUUAGGGUAAGAGGACGUCUAAAGGAGGCUCCCUUGACUGAAAAUGAAAAACAUCCAGUUUUACUUCCGAAAUCGAAAUUUGCGGAAUUGGUGAUUUUUCAUGAACAUCUUCGUGUCUUUCAUUCGGGUGUAUCAUCAACUUUAGCUCAAGUGCGUAAAAAAUUCUGGAUACCGAAAGGAAGACAGACCGUGAAAAGAGUUAUUUCUACUUGUUUAAUCUGCAAAAAAUAUUCGUUAAAACCAGCUAAGCAGUUAACUGGUCAAUUACCCUUGGAACGUAUUGCUGAAAGUCCACCGUUUACUAAUGUGGGAACUGACUUUAGUGGUGCAAUAACUGUUAAAUCUAAAUUAAACAGUUGUGAGAAAGUGUACAUUGUAUUAUUUACAUGUGCCGUAACUAGAGCGGUUCAUAUUGAAGUAGUGCAAGAUAUGUCCGUAAAAAGUUUUAUCUUAGCUUUGAGACGUUUCCUAGCAAGAAGAGGAAAUACAAAAAUAAUAUUUUCUGAUAAUGCAAAGACUUUCCGUUCAUCUUGUGAAAUACUGAAAUCUUUUCGUAAAAUAAUAAAGCAUCCAGAGCUGCAGAAUUUUGUAGCGUCGGAAAACAUCAUUUGGAAAUUUAUUCCAGAACGUUCUCCAUGGUGGGGAGGUUUCUGGGAACGAUUGAUGAAAAGUAUUAAAGACCCGCUGAGAAAAAUACUCGGUAGAGCUCUAUUGACAUUAGAAGAGCUUGCUACCAUCCUUACAGAAAUUGAGUUUAUUUUGAAUAAUAGACCAAUUACCUAUGAGUUCAAUGAUUUAAAUGAACCAAUUGCAUUAACACCUUCAUGUUUUUUAUUUCCAGGAAAGGACAAGAUUAACUUUCCAAAUUAUUUCCUUGAGGUAUUUGACAAAAACUCUAACCAAAAGACUUUACAGAAACGUAAAUUGUUCCAGACUCGUUUAAUCAAGCAAAUUUGGUCUCAAUGGAAAGAACAGUAUUUAUUGCAAUUGAGAAGUGCUCAUAAUUUUUUAGUUCCUCACUCCCAACAGAACUUAAAAAUUGGAGAUGUAGUGCUUGUUGAAGGACCUUUGAAAAAUAAGUUACUGUGGGACAUGGGUGUGAUCGAUAAAGUUCUCAUAGGAAGAGAUGGCAAUGUACGUGCAUGCAUAGUCCGCACGUCUAAAGGUUGCUUAAGAAGAGCAAUUCAACUACUCUAUCCAUUCGAAGUGACUGUUUUGUAA